UCUCCCGAUGCUGCCGGGGGUAGAGAGACGAGGCGAGAGCAGAACGGGGCGUUAGGGCGAUUUAAAGCGCGCCGCCUGUAGAGCCUCUGCUUCCCCGCGAGCGAAGCGCAGAGGCGCGGUGCCGUCCCUCUACCUUGGGCGGCCGCCGCCUGAGUACGGGGAGCGGCAGCCCGCGGGAACUGCCGUGCUGCUGCUGCCAGGACCCGCGGUGCGGCCUCAGCUGUCUGAGGCCUGGAGGGAGGCGAGUCGGGCCGGGCUGAGUUCCCGUGAGACGCAGAGAAUUACUUUUCCUCGACGUGCGCUUGAAGAACUCACUAGAAUGAGUGAGAAUAAUUUUGACAUUCAAAGCCCACCUUGUGUUCUCUGUGGACGGACAGAUAACUGCCCUGAAAAGUAUGGAGAAAAAAGGACCUAUGUAGAAUAUAAUCUCACUCUUCAUAAUUACUGUUUGUUGAUGUCAAGUGGCAUUUGGCAGAGGGGGGAAGAAGAUGAAGGUAUAGAUGGAUUUUUGAUCGAAGAUAUUAGGAAAGAAGUUAACAGAGCUGCAAGACUGGUGUGUAAUAUCUGCAGGAAAAAGGGUGCUUCAAUUGGAUGUGUGGCUCCCAAAUGUAAGCGAAGUUACCAUUUUCCUUGUGGGUUACAAAAGGAAUGUGUUUUUCAGUUCAUGGAAGACUUCAGAUCUUACUGUUGGGAACAUAAACCAGUUCAAAUCUUUUCGGAUAAAGAAUCUAGAGAACCUUCGCAGUGUACAAUAUGCCUGGAUUUGGUUGAACAUCUUCCACUGUACAGUGUGUUGAGAAGUCCUUGUUGUAAAAAUACUUGGUUUCAUCGAGAAUGCUUGCAGUAUCAAGCUUUGAGUGCUGGGAUAUUUUUCUUUAGGUGUGCAGUAUGUAAUAACAAGGAUAAAUUUCAGAAAGAAAUGUUGAGAAUGGGCAUACACAUUCCAGAGAAGGAUGCAUCUUGGGAACUUGAGGACAAUGCUUAUCAAGACCUACUGCAGUGUUAUCAACACUGUGACAUUAGAAGAUGUCUCUGCAAGAAUGGAAGAGACUAUAACAAACCUGAUAGUAAGUGGGAAAUAAAGCGUUGUCAGUCUUGUGGUUCCCGUGGAACUCACUUGGCCUGUUCAUCCAUUAAAUCAUGGGAGCAAAACUGGGACUGUGUGGAAUGCAGAAGCAUCUUUGCAAAAGGGAAAUACAGCAAAGGGAAAAAGCAUUCUUUGGCUCCCUCAGAAAAGAUGGAUGGGACAGCUUGUUUGCUGGAAGAGCCAUCUCCAAAGCUCCCUCGGCAGUCACCUGGAUCUCAACACAACCGUCUUCUCCAAUCACCAAAGAUAAUGUGCCAGAACCACUUGUCACCCUGCUCACUCCUAGAACUUCCAACAUCCAAUAGAGUGGCAAUGUCCUUAUCUCCACUGAUGUCAAACAGGAACCGCUCCCUAAGGAAAAAGCAUUUAAGAGUGCAAAGAAAGGAAGCUUCUAAUGUACUGAAGGAGUUAAAGCAUCAAAUUAAUACAAAAACUACAAGGCUUAACAUCAAUACAGAAAAUGUCUGGAAGAGUGCUUUAAAAGGAUUUAGACAGCGUAACUUCAGACCUACAAACACCAUUGAAGUGAAGUUCACAAACUGCAAAAACAGUAUAAAAGCAGAUUCUUUUACUGGCUCAAAACAUCUUUUCUUCCAGCUACUAAUGCUUCAUAUUCAGAAUUCAUCAUUGUUUGAGGGCUCUUCUGCAAAGAACUUGUCGGUUGACCCUCAAGCUCUAAAAGAGAACCUGUAUUUUGAAGCUGGCAAAAUGAUUGCAGUUUCUCUAGUUCAUGGUGGCCCAUCUCCUGGUUUCUUUUCCAAAGUAUUGUUUGAUUGUCUUGUCUAUGGUCCAGAGAAUGUGAAGCCAAACUUGGAUGAUGUUGCUGAUGCUGGUGUAGCACAGACAAUAAAUAAGAUAAAAUAUUCAGAGACUCUGUCCAGCCUACAGUCAACCGUGCAUGACUGCCAUGACUUCCUUGCUGCUGCUGGAUGUUUAAGACCUGUAACAGCUUUGCAUGAUAAGGAUAUGCUUGUGAAUGACUUACUGAUCCAUCAUGUAAUCAAGAGAAUUACUUCACCUUUGGAAAGUUUUAGGCAAGGUUUGAAAACUCUUGGUGUGCUAGAGAAAAUGGAAAUGCAUCCGGAUGCUUUUUCUAGCUUAUUUUGCCACAAACCUGAAAACCUUUCUGCAGAAGCUCUCUGUGAUCUCUUUACAAUCCAUCGCUCACCAGAUGUAAACGAAAUUGGAGGUGCUGAUUUUUGGAUGGGUUAUUUGCAAGAUGUGGAAAGUGGUGAGUCUGUAGUGACAUUACAGGAUAUUCUAUUCUUCGUAACUGGUUGUUCUUCUAUACCGCCUAUUGGUUUUGAUCCUGAACCUACUAUUAAAUUUCUGCCUGUACAUUAUCCCGUUGGAAACAGACUCUUAAAUUGCUUAGAACUCCCAAUAACAAGGACAUAUGAGAAUUUUAAAAAUAAAAUGGAAUUCACUAUCAGAAACACAUUAAGAGGCGAGAGAGAAUAAAUAUUUUUGCUACUAAACCAAUCAUUGGAAACUUCAGCUUUCUGUGGGAGUGUCUGCUGGCAAGAUGCCUUCAUGUUUUGAUGGUAUGCUGUCUUUUACCAUUUGUCCUCCAAAGAUAUGCUGAAAGAAGUACUAAUCUUGUAAAAUGGAAAACUGUUUUCAGAUACAAGUCAGUUGGUUUGGGUGUUGUUGUUUUUCAAUCAUUUCCUUAAUUAGAAAUUGGCUUUUCCAGCCAGCAGUCUUAUUUAGAAUGGGUAUUUUUGUUCUAGACAUACAUGGGAUGUUACCAAAUUCUGGAGCAUUUUAGCAAUUUCGUAAAAGUAAAUGGAUUGUAUACACACACUUUUCUUUCAGUCAAAGCAGUUUUUUGUUUUUUUUUAAAGGUAACUGCUGUAGAGCUUUGUCUUGAGUAAAACUGAGUGCUUCAGUUCUGUGCUACUAUUUUCAGUUAACUGCUUUCAUGUUGAUUCGUUUAUGCUUUGAUUCUUAUGAACCUAUGGAAGUUAGGCUUUAGGCUGUUGCGUUCAAUGCAUUAAAAUGUGACCAUAAUUUAGAGAAGAUCAAGGCAAAAUAAUAAGCAGCAAGAAGAAAAUGUGGUUGAACUUGAGUUUCUGCUGUUGAACAAAAUCUUGGGCAUUUGCAACCUUAUUGAUUCUGCUACUGUAUGGUAGCUUUUACUGUUGUGACUAUACAUAUUAUUAGAAGCUUGAAGUAGGUCUCCAACAUGCAACUAUAAGUGAUCCUUCAAAAUGAAAUACAAAAAAUUUGCUUAUUAGAAGAAGAUAUUGAAUUUUCUUCCAUGGAAGUCAGUAUUUUCAAAUGAAUAUGCACUGAAGUUAUUUGAAUUGCAGGUAGUCUACCAUCAGGCCUGUUAUUAGUGCCUGAUGCUUCUCUAGCUUUUAUUCUAAACACUUCUUCCUUUUCAAUUUUAGAUGCAGUUUUAGCGACUUUGUAAAAAGUUUUAAUUCUGCAGUAUUUGUAUAAAUAACAUUAAGCCAUAAGUGAUUAGUAAUGAAAUCUGUAUGUAGUAACACAAUGAUGCUAGAGCUAUGAAACUGAAAAAAAAAAAAAGUUAAAAAAAAUUUAUCUUUAAUAUAUGCAGGCCUCUUCUCAGAAUUUCAUUUUUCUUUACUGUCAGUUUGGUCAUUUAAAUUGCAUCCCUAGCAAAGGUAAGUCAAUAAAUGUAUAUAGAUAGAUAUGUCUGUAUUGCAGGAUUGCUUUCUUUUUUAAUGUCUUGGCCAGAAAGUACACUUACAGUUAAUUAUAAAUUGAUAGGUAGUUUAAAAACAACGACGACAAGAAAACAACUAAAUCCAGUUUCAAGUUCUGGUUCAUCACUGUUUUCCUCUCAUUAAUAAAUUGCAUUAGUGAACACCAAGUAUGUGGCAAUGUACUGCAACUGAAGACCUGUGUAAGUGGCAGUUGCUUUCACUAAAUAUGGUAUGACUGUACUGUAGGGUUGAAGACUGGGUGUUUAUGUUAUGCAGUUCAUUUAACAUUAUGUGGGUAUUUUUAAACCUUUCUUAAAUUGCUACAGCAUCUGCAUUUUUUUUUUUUCUUUUAUAUUGCCCCAUGAAAGUAUGCCACUUAUUUUUGCAUUUCAGUCUAUAUAAAUUAUGCCAAAGGUUAGGUCAGGCAUUUUUGUUUUUCAUUUUUUUUCAGCUAUUUUAAAAAUAAUCAUAAAAAUGUUUUCAUUUUAAUUAAGGAAUAUUAUAAAUUAAGACAGGACUACUGAUGCUUUCCUGGUUCUGAAACAUAAAUGUUAUAAACUCAAACAGAAUCUGAAAGAAAUGACCUCUUGGAGAAUAUCAUUUAAAUCACUUACAUUCCAAGUUUUUUGAUCAUUCUUUUAUGAUCUUUUUUUCUCUAAUAGUAUGCCAUGCUUGUCACUUUUUCUGGAUUUCUGAAUGCUAAAUUGCCACUAAAUUCUUACUUGGCUUCAGAAUACUCUGUUACCAGCACAAGUAAGGCAAUCUGUUGCAAAUUGAUUUGCUUAAUGAGGGCUUGUGUUGGGUUCAUUCUUCUUUUUGUUCUUUUAACACAAUGAAUCCCUUAUAGAUAGGAUAUUUUACUUUAAAAAUGAGUGUAUUCAGUGCAGUAUUUUUUUUUUCCUUGACUAAUUUAGAAAUUAACAUAUUUUGUAAUGUUAUGGCAUUUUUCUGGACUGGAAGUAUUGAACUUGUUGCAAGCAGCACGUGGAUAAUCUUCAAAGUCAGUUGCUAACUGCUAUUGGUACCUGCAUUAGGAGGGGAAGCAGUACAAAAAGUGGAACUAAAUAAAAUAAACUGUUUUAAAACCUUCUGUAGUUGAAGAAAUAGUAAUUUCAUGUGAACAUCAGGCUUCAAAUGCAUCCAAGAUUAAAAAUAGGGCUCCUUUUAUAGCUUAUCAGUUUUGAGUUCAUCAGUUCAUACUUUUUUUUUUUAAUAUGUAAAGAACGAACCUAUCAGCUGUGGGAGAAAUCCUGAGUUACCAUAUACAAUGUUAAGGAAGCAUACAACGCCAUAUCAAAACACAGAAUUCUCAAAAUAGUCUUUAAUAUUGCAUGCAAACAUUUUUCUGAUUGGGAACUUUUUCUCAUUCUCAUUUUCUAAUACUGGUGUGCUUAUCUAAGGUUGUCUUCCCUUCCUUGUAGGUGAUUUGCUCUCUCUAGACACUUUAAUAACAUCCUAGUUUUAUUCAAAUUGCAUUUCUAAUGUAUUUCUAUUGCAGAGAAGAAUUUCCUUUUCUGUUCUUUUUCUGCAUUCAUCUAUAGAUGCCAAUCUUAAAUUUACUUGAAGUUUGUAUUAAGAUUAUGCCAUUGAACAAGCUGACUUCUAAUUCACGAAAACACAGAAAAGUCUAUCUUAUUUGAAAACUUCUGGAGCAAUUGCUUUUGCUAUGAUGACCACCAUAAUUUAAUUGGUAAAGUAGGUCACUGAAGUGCAAUACUAUAAUUUCCUUAUUUUACAAAAAUGUUAACCUGAGGCACAUUGGAAAUUAGGACUGUAAGCAUUUCUGUAACAGAAGAAGAACAAACAUCUAUGUAUUAGUGGUUUCAGUUUUAAAGAAGUUUCGUCUUCUGUAGGAUUUGUCAGGGCUGUAAGUGAACUACUACAGACCUCUGUCUUGUGUUUGACUGGCCAAAGAACUUCUCUGUUUCUGUAUCAAACUUCAUCCUCCAUCCCCCAAAAUUCCUUCUGGAAUCUGUGCAUCAAAUAAGCUAUUUUCUAGGGUGAUCUUUUUUUUUCUAGUAAGCAAUACUAGUUUAGUACUCGUGUUUUUAGUAUGGUCUCUUAAUAAAGUAUAUAUAAUGUCAAAACCACACAAAUAUUUUAAAUAUAAUGAAGGCCAAGGUGUAGAAACUUAGUGACUCAUGCAAAGGAUGCUUAAUUAAAACAAGCUGUUAGCAUUUCAAAUUAGUUUGUGAACGAAAUAUUUUGCAAAAUGAGAAGGAAUUUAUUAUCAGUUUCUACUUGAAGUCUAAAGCUCAGACUCACACUAAUGUGUUCAGUUCUCAGCUAGAAGAUUUCAAAAAUUUGGGAGGUAAAACUAAGAUGUUGAACAGAGUGUUCGAGUCAUUAAUUUUAGGAGAAUAUUUUUUACUGGAUAGUGGUGAAUCACUGGAACAGGUUGCACAGUGUGUGGAUGCUCCAUCCCUGGAGGCAUUCAAAGCCUUGGGCAACCUGUUCGGGAGAGUGGCAGCCUUGCCUAUGGCAGGGGGGUUGGCACUGGAUGGUAUUUAGAGUCCCUUCCAACCCAAGCCAUGGUAUGAUUCUAUUCCAUGAGUCUAUGAUAAUUCAGUCAUAUUAUGCAUAUGUGUUUUAAAAAUUGCAUCAAAAAUUUUACAAAAACUUCAUUCAGAUGAGACUGGAGGCUACAAAAUACGCUUUUAGAGUUUAUAUUGAUUCUUACUGUGUAGUAAAGCAUUUUACAGCUCAGGUUUUACUUUUUUUUUUUUU